AUGACCACUUCAGUCACUGUCAAGAGCACUGUUUCCACCGUCCUGACCCACACUGCCAUUGUUCCUCAGUCUUCUCCCGUCAGCCCCGAGCAGACCACUCCUGCAUCCGUUGAGGGUCACGUUGCUGUCCCUUCGACUGUCGUUCUCUAUAGCACCAAGGAGAUCACCAUCACUAGCUGCGCUCCCGAAGUGACUAACUGCCCAGCACGCCAAGUUUCUACCACUGUCUUCCCUACCGCCAUCACCAUCUCCAGCGUUUGCCCUGAGACCACCUCGGCCGCUGUCACUAUUCCUUCGACCAUGUUCUACUACAGCACUGCCAUCGUCACUGUGACUAGCUGCGCUGAGGGCGUUAAGAACUGCCCAGCCUCUUCCACAGUUGUCGAGACUUCCUACACUAGCCCUGCUGCCGGUGUUCCUCAGGAAUCCGCCCCUGCUGUCUCUGCUCCCGCUCCCAUCGCCCCCACCUCCGCUCCCUUCGCCGUUUCCAACAGCACCAUGAUGUCUGUUGGCCCCAAGGGAACUGGUAUUGUCGGAACUGGCUCUGGCAGCAAGGCCACCUCCACCUACUCACCUUCUCAGUACACUGGCGCCGCCAACAAGGUCGGUGCUGCUGGUCUGGCUGGUGUUGCUGCUUUCGCCGCUUUCCUUUUGUAA